AUGGCACCAGGGUCUAAGUCAAAAGCCCCUGCAUGGAAGGACACAGCAAAAUGCUGCUGCUUGGAGUGCUCCAAGGACCCCCGAGGCUUCAAAACUCAGUCUCGGCAGAUAAUUGGUCGGCAUACACGCAGAGACAAAGAGCAUGCUGCACUUGAUGCACUGUCGAAUACGAAGUCUGUGCUGGCGUUUUCUCCCGUGGUUACCGAGUCUUUGGCUGCUAUCGCUGAUUCAGGGGUAUCUACUCCAUCUCUUGAACAGCCUGGCUCGCCAGAGGAUUUCAAUCUCGAUUUUGUGGAAUCCGACCUACAGUUCUACAUUGGUGAUGCCCCUGAUGACGAUGACUUUGCAGCAUCCGAGCAUCCAACUGCCGAUUCUGAAUUACAACCAGCCUCUCCGCACGUCAUAGAGUUCCCUACUGCCCACCGAGAGACACUGGCUGUGCAACUAGCCUACCUGCAUGCCACUCGCCCUAUCGCCAGUGCCGAAAGGCAACUUAAUGGAGAACUCAAGAUAAUUGCACUCUGUGGUGCACUCCCCACCCAUCCUAGACCUGCAAGGACUAUUGUUACCGCAAAACGGCGCUUAGGACUCGAACUCGACGACUAUAUCGAACAGCGGCCUAUAUGCAAUCUGUGCUACAAGUUCUACUCUCACAACACUAUCAAGAAUGCUGCCUCACCGAAUUGCACGCAGCCACAGUGCAAGGGAGUUCUCUACAGGGAAAAACGGGGCUUCCAGGAUGAUAACAAUCCAGACGCUGACUUGGAUCAGCAGGCCAUUCGGAGGUUUCUUCAGCGUCCAGACUUCAUCAGGAGCCUUCGUGAUACCUCUGGAGAUUCCCGCUGUCCCCCGAUUAGCAGCUCUACGAUGAUGACAGACUUGCAUGACUGGCCACAUGUUGUUAAUGGACAAGGGCGUGUUCAAGACAUCAAGGAGUCUCCUGGUUUGAGGCGGAGCUUACUCGAUUGUGAUGUAGGACUCAGCAUGACACUCAAUGUUGACUGGUUCGGAAUCACUGAAAACAGACCCCACUCUGCUGGUGGUGUCUAUAUUUCGUUCAAUAACCUCCAUCAAUCAGCUCGCUUCCUCCAGCAGAACAUUCACCUUGCCACGGUCAUACCAGGACCAAAGGAACCAAGUCUCGAACAGUUGAAUCACCCUCUGGAGCCGUUAAUUGCAGACCUUAAGAUGAUAUAUGCGGGUGUGGUUAUGGAGUAUUUCAAUCGUGAUCUACCGCCAAAACUUCCAGAGGUCCAUGGAGCAUUGGAAAUACUUGCCAACGAUAUACCAGGAUGCCGCAAGACUGCUGGAUUCGCUGGGCACUCGCACAAGAUACAUCCCUGCAACAUUUAUUUUGAGCUUCACAAUGAUUUUACCCAGCUUCGUAAUGCAAACUCAUCGAAGAUGGCUCGCUCUCAAGCAGCUAGGACACGUAUCCUUGAUGCCAUGGGAGUUCGAUACUCCUGCCUGGACGAGCUCCCAGGCUGGACACCGGUGCAAAGAUCUGUUGUAGACUUUAUGCACAAUUUUUAUGGUCAGUUGCUGACUACGCAAUGGCAAGGGAUUGAGCAUAGUUUUCACUCAGACAUUAUUGUUGCUGGUUAUCUCUUAGGUGCCGCUGGCUGGCGAGUGUUUCAAGACACCAUCAAUGGUAUCAUUUGGCCAUCAGGGAUUGGACGUCUUCCUAACAAUACUACCAUCCUCUGGGUGUGUUGGCGCGACAAAAACGACAAAAUCAAGACCAUACCCCCUCCCGUUCCUCUGAACUGCAAAUCACGUCCAACAUUCUGCCAAAACCCUCGAGAAAUCUACAACCUGGUCCUCUAUCUCUCUGUUGCUGAGAGAAUUCUCGCCAGCAAAGCUAUAUCUAUGGAUGAGCUUGGCAUUCACAUGUUGAUCAAUCAUCACAUGUCGAUGCAUUAUCAAAUGAUCUUCAAGAACUUUGGGCCCACCUAUGGCUGGUGGCUAUUCGCAUUUGAGCACUGUAAUGGUGACCAACAGAAAGUCAACCUCAAUGGACAUGCAGAUGAAAAACAGCUUUUUUAUGACCUCGCCACACGUUUGCCUGAGAAUGCUGAUGAUGAUGAGAAAGAAUUGAUCCGAAGUGCUGUUGUACAAAAAGGUGCUGAUAGAGGCACACUUCGGAUGCAAAUAUCAGGAUUUGGUGCAGAUGGAAGUAUCUUGACUCCGCGACGCAUCAAGAAACCUUGCGACCUCAGGAAGCUCGCUCACCCCGACAUCUACAGCUUGCUUCUUCAAUAUGCUCACACAAUAUGGACCAGGCCUCCAGAUUAUGGUUCCCGCAUCCCAUGUCGCCUGUUGUAUCACUUCAAGCUCAGCCUUCCAGGAAAGUCGCCAGUAUUGUGCACCAUAUUCAAAAAAUUCUAUGGCAGCGCUACAGAUUUGGGUGUUUACACCGCUUACACAAACUGCUUCCACGAGAAAGAAGUGAUCUCGACUGCAGCAGUUGGCUUCUGCUGUUGCCAUUGUCCCAGUUACACCACCCUGUGGAUUGUCCACUCAUUUGACCAAGUGCGUGCUUCAAUUUAA